AUGGCGACUACAACUAAAACGAAAAAGAAGAAAUUAGUUUAUAGACAAGAUCCUGAUGGGGUAUUUCGGUUGAAAAAAAUAGAUGACAACAAUUCUAUAAAGUCAGUUGAUUUGGCAAAUAAGAAAAAGGAGGUGGAUAAUUAUUUAAACGAGUUAAUUGAUUGUUCAUAUAGUAUUGUUGAUGAUAUUCCCGAUAAGGAAAUUGCACAAGAAGAAGAAAAAAUUAUCAACAACAACAACCCUCCCCAAUCAUACCCAGAACCGGAACCACAACCCCAACCACAACCAACAAUGAAAAAAGUUAAACCAACUACUGUAAAUACCUCAUCCAAAAAUCUUACGAUUAAACCAGCAUCUACUCCGCCUCAACCUGUUGUUGUUGUUACUGAAAAAAUAGGAGAAGCUAAACCUGAAAAGAAAACAUCCCCACCUACACCACCUACUACACCUCCACAACCACCACAAGAAGAAACCAAAAAAAAGGAGCAAGAUACACUAAUAACAGAUAUUCCAUCUCCUACAGAUUUUGUUACACACGAAGAAAUUGGUGAGAAAAAAGUCGAGGAAGUAAUUAUACCUGCUAAACCAUCAAUAAUGUCUACUUUUCGUGAAUUGAUACGUUUCCAUAUACCUAGUUUUGCUUUUGGAAUAAUAGCCACGGUUAUAGGAACUCGAUAUAAAGAUGAAAUCAUUUAUGGAGCAAUUGGAUUAACUGUACUUGCAACUGGAUUAGCAAUAGUAGGUAUUCUUGGAUUGUGUCUAUGUUUAUAUCUUGGAUUGGUAAAACAGUCAGAUUUAAAAGUAUUUAGUCGAUAUAUUGAUAUUUUAAAAUUUAGAGCAACAGAAGAGAGACCGGAAGAGAAAGUUGUUGUUCAUGAAGAAAUAGUAGCUGAAUCUGAAUCUGAACCAGAACAUGAACAUGAACAUGAACAAUCAGAAGAAGUUAACAUGGAAGAACCACAACCAGAACCACAACCUGAACAAUAUGUUGCUCAUGACACUGAAGUUAUUCGUGAAAUUCCUAUUGAGCCUCAACCCAAACUUUACCAACCAAAACAGAAACGAGCUCUGCAUCCAAAAGUUACCCCUAUUCUUAUAAAGGACCCACAUACACAAGAAACUGGGUAUCAACCAUUAGAGGAACCACAACCACCUAAACCUCGGAGAAAGUCAUCGACAAUAAGAGUUACUCCAUAUGUAUAUGAACCCAGAGAACCUCGUAAAUAUAGUGUAAUACCUACCAAUAACACCAUUCCAUUACCAGGAGAUUCACCCACAAAAACCACUACCAAACAUAAACUUGUACAUCCCAAACCAUUAUUACAAAGAAUACAAACAGAACCAAUAAAAGAUCUUUCAAGAAGAAAUUCUAAAAAAAGUACAGGAUCAGAAUCACCAACAUCAACAAGAAGUGAUCCAUAUUAUUUAUUACAAAAUGUUCCUCAUCAUACUAAAGAAAAACCACAUGAAAUACCACCUCAAGUUUUCAAAACUAAAGAAUUACCUAAUUUACCUCAUCAAGCAGAAGAAUUACCAUUUAUUAAUGAAGUAAGAUUGGUUGAUGCUGUUAGUGAUGAUGAAUCAGAUAUGAUAAUUCCAAUGGAAGCUCCUACAAGUCAUUAUACUGCUGCUAUUCAUGAUGAUAAUAUUUACAGAAAUCAAAGUACUAAAAGUAGACAAAGUGUUUUAGGAACAAGAGCAAAUUAUAGAAGAUUUGUAUCUAAUGUUGAUAAUGAUUAUGAGUAUUAA